GCUUAUCGCUGACGUGCUAGUUACUUAUACAUAUUUAUAUAACUAAAAGUUUUAAUGAUUAUUUUUGGCAAGGCUGUUGCUUCAUCUCGAUUUUUAUCGCUUAUUGUAUUACAUGGAAUUCAAGCACAUGAUCUUGGUUCUGAAUUGGCUGGAUCCGAACUGCGAAAGAAUUUGCUUAUCUUUAAUCAUUUCCUCCAAUGUUUAAAAGGGAAUAAUUAGUUUCACACACAAAAAUGGAAAAAAUAUGAAGCUAUUCUAGAGAAGCUAUUUUAAUAAAUUACUGAAAUAAUUGUCCAGUGAGUUUGAAUUUGACUAAUUCAUUCAAUACAAUUGAAGUAAAACAAAAGGUCUGUGCUUGUGAUUGUUUUUCAUGUCAUUCUACUGCCAUCAUGCCAUUCGUACCAACAAGAAGCAAAAGUGGUGAUUAAAAUAUUCAAAACAAAUAUUUCUUGACAUUUUGCAGAUAAAAAUUGGUUUUGAUCUCGUGGAGUAUGAUUAUUCCUUUUGAAAAUGACUGAUACAAGAAAAAGCUUCACAUUUAUUUGGAAAAUUAAGAAUUUCAGUUUUAGUUUUAAUAAUUCUAAAUCCGCUCUGCGUAGUCCUCUUUUUUAUGUUCAUGCAAUAUUUGGUACUAAGUGGAACUUACUGCUGUUUAGCAAUUCUCUUGCUUAUAAAAAUUGCGUUGUUUGUUAUCUUGAGAGAAAAUGUUAUGAUUUAGGUCCUACUUGUCUUGUAAUAGAUUCCGAACUUUCCUUUAUCGCUGGUGAUGAAUCUGUCAUACAUUCAAGAUUAUGUCGUAAAAUUUCAUUCCAUAAAGGCAAUUUUGAUUUGCAUGUAGCAUUGUGCGCCAAUAAAGAAGAUGUUUAUAUCAGUAAGAAACAUUUGUUUAUUUCUGAUGAUACAUUAACCAUUCGUUGUAGAAUGUGGAAAAGCAAGGGAUCGAUACCAAUAUCAAAGAUAUGUUCUGUUAGAACCCGAAUCAAUACUAAAUGUAUAACUUUUGUUGGGACAGUUAAAAAUUUUAAUAGCGUAAAUACGAAUUGUAAAAAAAAAGUUUCCAUUAAGUCACAACCAAAAGAUUUUCUUAUUUCUUCCAUAUACCUCUGUGUUAAUACAGAUGGUAAACUGGAGAUUGAAAUUACGCCUGCCAUUUAUGAACCUAUGAACGUGUAUAAAUUUAAAGUUUUUAUUCUGAAUGUUUUUAAAAAUAAAUUAAUAUCUUGUCAGGGAGAAAUCUACGAUGGAAAACCAUUUUGUGCUCCUCUUUCCUUCUUGAGAAGUUCCUUGAUAAAGAAUAAAGAAGUGUAUCUUCCAAAUGAUGUGCUUACUCUGAAAUGCCAAGUUACUUUUUCUGCUGGCAACACAUUGACUCAAAUCGGUCUCAUGACAUCCAAAUAUGACUACCAAGAUUUUCAAACGGCAACAUCUAACGCAACGAAUCCUAUUACUUUUUCUGUUGGCAAUAAAUUAACUCAAGUCAGGGAUAUGAAAGACAAAAAUGACCAUCAAGAUAUUCAAAUAGAAACAUUUAACGCAACGAAUCCGAUUACUUUUUCUGCUGGCAAUCAAAUCAGGAAUAUGAAAGACAAAAACGACUAUCAAGAUUUUCAAACGGCAACAUCUAACGCAACGAAUUCUAUUUCUUUUUCUGAUGGCAAUAAAUUAUCUCAAAUCGGUGAUAUGGCAAACAAAAACGACUAUCAAGAUAUUCAAACGGCAACAUCUAACUCAACGAAUCCGAUUACUUUUUCUGCUGGCAACAAAUUAACUCAAAUCGGUGAUAUGACAAACAAAAACGAAUAUCAAGGUAUUCAAAUGGCAACAUCUAACGCAACGAAUCCAAGUCCUUUAUCUGAAGAACGCUACAUAGAAGGGUUAACUACUCUGAAAGAUGGCUUGAUUUUAUUGUUCAUUGAAGGUAUCUUAUGCGAUGCCAAACUCAAGACAGCCACUGAAAUUUUUCCAGUUCACAAGGUCGUUCUGAGUGCACAAUCUCCAGUUUUUAAGUCUAUGUUUACGACUGAUAUGAAAGAAAAAACGAACGAUUUUGUCGAAAUCGAAGACUUAGAUGCUGAUACAGUGCGUGAAAUGCUCUUUUUUAUGUACUCGGAUAUUUUAGAUAACCUUGAAUAUGAGAGAGCCAAAAAUUUGUACUUUGCAGCUGACAAGUACAACAUCAUCUCACUGAAGCAGAAGUGCUCUGACUUCUUAAAGCAGAACCUCCAGCAUUUGAACUGCUGUGAUGUUCUUCUCCUAGCUGACAAACAUCAAGACAACGAUCUCAAGAGGUAUGUUCAAAAUUACAUUGUGGAAAAUGUUGAAGCAGUUUGUAAUUCUGACGAAUGGGAGAAUUUUGUGGAGAACCACCCCCGAUUGAUUAUAACAACUCUUUGCACAUUAUUAAUGCGUAAGAGAAACAGAAAAAGCUAACAGAGUUGUUCUGAUUACUAUAGAAAUAAAAAUGCUCGGAAGUCCAGCAUGUGGCUUCUGUAAUCAACGAUGAUUCAUUCUAUGGAUAAAAUAUAUUCUUGGGAUUAUUCAAUUUUUUUAUAUUGCGACAUCCAAAAGAUCGGACACUUUUAAAGAAAUAUCACAAUACAGUUUUUUAACGGUUAUAUUUUUUAUGUAACUUUGAAUCUUUGUAUUAUUAUUGAAUCUAAUAUAUAAAGUAUUACUA